UGCCGAUGAAAUGCAAACAGAAACAAGUGCGCGAGACAGAGACGCAAUUAACUAAUGCGUUCCAGUGCGCGCUCAGUUUCGCUUUUCCAGUUUCCAACAGCAGCAGCAACAGCAACAGCAGCAGCAGACAUCAAGCGGCGUGUAUUGUUUGCUCAGUUAUAAAUCUGACGGCGACGGCUGCGGCGGCAGCAGCGGCGACUGCGCUCUUCAAAGCAAAAGCAAAAGCAUAAAAAGCAACAAGUUUUCUCAAGUUGUGCCGUGAAAGUUCAAAAUCCUCCAAUAACAACAAUAACGCGUCCGCGUGCUGUGUCUCAUUUUGUUUGUGUGUGUGCGUGUGUUUGUGCUUGGGUAUCUCUUCGCCCGUCCGUGUGUGCGUUUGUUUGUGUUUGUGUGUGUGUGUGAGUGUUGUUGGUGUGACGUCUGAACGAAAUCCGAAAUUGAUUUUCUAGUUUUUCGUGCUAAUUUGGCGCCUUUGGCUGCAUGCCCCAAUUGAAUUGCACUUGCUAGCAAUUUUUCGACGAAUAUUUAAUUGAAGAGCUAGACUCAUACACACACACACAUGAUCUUCUUGUGCUCGCGUGCUCGUGUGUUUGUGUGUUAUGUUGUGUAUGCUGGAGUUAAUUGUGUGAGUGCCACAUGAAUCAUAAUAAAGCAAAAAGAUUCAAACUUGAGCCAAAAAAAACCAAUCAAAAUAAACUAAAACGAAGGCCAGUGAACAGCUGACUUUAAUUUGUGGAUCCAUUUAAGCUUUGACUGAAUAUCCUGCAGAUGAUGCCUACAGACCAACACACUAUGCCGGCUACAUCAAUCGUGGCUACGAUGAUGAUAUAGAUAGUUCCUACCUCUUUGCGCAGUACGAGGCCAUGACGGAUGCUCGCAAUGGAGCGGCUUUGCCGCCCUACACAACUGAACAUCAUCGCGAUCUUGGCGAAGAUGAGGAUGACAACGAUUUCAAUGAUGAUGUGUUCAAGGAUUGCAGUGAAGAGAUCACAGAGGAGGAUAAUGAGAUCAGCCAUCACAAUCGCUGUUUGCCCGAAUUUCAGUUCUCGAUGGUCGACUCGGAAUACGAUGAGACGCUGGCGUUUCCCGAUUCCGUGACGAUAUUGUCGACGCUGGGCGACAAACCGGUGCUGGUGGAGCGCAAGGAGACCGACGACGAUGACGAGGAGUUCGACGAUGAGAACAGUGUGCUGAUGCGACAGGAGAUACCCUACACCAGCAUCUAUGGGCCCAACGUCAAGUUCAAUUCGUUUCAACGCAAGGUCUUCAUUCCCGGACGCGAGAUUCAUGUGCGCAUUGUGGACACAGAGCGCAGCGUAACGACGCAUCUGCUUAAUCCGAAUUUGUACACCAUUGAGCUCACCCACGGCACCUUCACGUGGAGGAUCAAGCGACGCUAUAAGCACUUCAACUCCUUGCAUCAGCAGCUCAGCUUCUUUCGCACCUCGUUGAACAUUCCGUUCCCGAGUCGAGCGCACAAGGAGAAGCGACACACGCUCAAGGCGGCCGCCAGUCAAAUGGCCGACGAGUCCACGCUCAAGGAUCUGCCAGCGCAUACCAAAGUCAAGCAUUCGAGUACGCCAACCAACAAUAAUAAUAAUAAUGGAGGAGGCGAUGGAGCUGGAACUGUUGCCACCAUCGUUAGUCCCACACACAGCUCGAUCCUCUCGAGCUUCACGCCUCGUCGCAGUCAACGGAAGCGAAAGAAAAAGAAACGAAAGCUGCCUCGCUUCCCCAAUCGCCCAGAGAGUCUAAUCACCGUCGAGCAUUUGCCAGUGCGCAUCAAGCAGCUGGAAGAUUAUCUCUACAAUCUGCUCAACAUCAGCUUGUAUCGAUAUCACCAUGAAACGCUCAACUUUGUGGAGGUUUCCAACGUGUCCUUCGUAUCCGGUCUGGGCUUCAAGGGCAAAGAAGGAGUCAUACUCAAGCGAACCGGAUCGACACGUCCCGGCCAGGCUGGCUGCAAUUUCUUUGGUUGCUUUCAACGCAAUUGCUGCGUGCGUUGCAACUACUUCUGCUCGGAUGUCGUCUGUGGCACGUGGCGCAAUCGUUGGUUCUUCGUGAAGGAGACGUGCUUCGGUUAUGUGCGACCCACCGAUGGCAGCAUUCGAGCUGUGAUACUCUUCGAUCAGGGCUUCGAUGUCUCCACGGGCAUCUAUCAGACGGGCAUGCGCAAAGGUCUCCAGAUUCUGACCAACAGCCGGCACAUUGUGCUCAAGUGUUGGACGCGUCGCAAGUGCAAAGAAUGGAUGCAGUUCCUCAAGCGCACAGCUCACGACUCCGCUCGCGACUUUACCUUGCCCAAUCCUCACAUGUCCUAUGCCCCGAUGAGAGCCAACACUCAGGCCGUGUGGUAUGUGGAUGGGGCACAAUACAUGGCCGCAGUUGCCGAUGGCCUCGAGGCUGCCACCGAGGAGAUUUACAUUGCCGACUGGUGGCUGAGUCCCGAGAUCUAUAUGAAGCGUCCAGCGUUGGAUGGCGACUAUUGGCGGCUGGACAAGAUUCUGUUGCGCAAGGCAACGCAGGGCAUCAAGGUGUUUGUGCUGCUCUACAAGGAGGUCGAGAUGGCGCUGGGCAUCAACAGCUACUACAGCAAGUCUACGCUGGCCAAGCAUGAGAAUAUCAAGGUCAUGCGGCAUCCGGAUCAUGCACGUGGAGGCAUUCUGCUCUGGGCCCACCACGAGAAGAUCGUGGUGAUCGAUCAGACUUAUGCAUUUAUUGGCGGCUUGGAUCUGUGCUAUGGUCGUUGGGAUGAUCGUUCGCAUCGUCUGACCGAUCUGGGCAGCAUUUCGACCACCUCCGUUUCGGGCAGCAAUCGUUGCACGCCCAGCGGUUGCUACAACAAGGACGAAGUGGACUCGGCCUUCGGUUCACGCAAGUCCUCACGCAAUGCUCAUCACGAGGCAACGACCAAGGAGCGUGCCCCAUCUCCGCCACCACCAGCCAGCGAGGAAGCUGCUCCAGUGACGUCUGGCAUGGAGGUGCGGACUUUAAAACCUGGCGAUCGUUUGCUCAUUCCCGAUCUACUGUCGGCGGCGUCCAGUGAAUUGGGAUUGGAGGCGACAACGCUGGAGGGCAUGAAGCUGAACACACCCGAGAUGGAGCGCAAGAAUAUGCUCGAUCGAUUGAAGAACAAUGCGAUGAAGGGGGCUCGCAUGGGCAAGGACUUUGUGCAACGUCUGACCACGUCCGAGGCGCAGGAAAACCUGGAGGGAGCAACGGCCAUGGGUGAGACUGUGUUCAGCAUUGAGACACAGGAGGAGGCGACAACGACAGAGGCGGCAAUCAGUUCAACUUCGGAGCUGAAUGCGACGACGACAAGCACACAAAUACUCAGCAGUGAAUUCUAUGGUCAGGCCAAGUAUUGGUUCGGCAAGGACUAUUCCAAUUUCAUACUCAAGGAUUGGAUGAAUCUGAACGCCCCCUUCGUCGACAUUAUCGAUCGCACCACGACGCCUCGCAUGCCGUGGCACGAUGUGGGCAUCUGUGUUGUGGGUGCCUCGGCUCGGGAUGUGGCACGGCAUUUCAUCCAGCGCUGGAAUGCCAUGAAGCUGGAGAAGCUGCGCGACAAUGUACGCUUCCCGUACCUGAUGCCCAAGAGCUAUGCUCAGAUCCGGCUCAAUGCCCAUCUCCAGCAGCUGCAGCAGCGUCGCCAGCAGAACGUCACCUGCCAACUACUGCGCAGCGCUUCCGCCUGGAGUUGCGGCUUCAUUGAGGCGGAUCUCGUGGAGCAAAGCAUCCACGAUGCCUACAUCGAGACCAUCACGAAGGCCCAGCAUUACAUCUACAUUGAGAAUCAGUUCUUUAUCACCAUGCAGCUGGGCAUGGGCGUGUCGGGGGCGUACAAUAAUGUUCGCAAUCAGAUCGGAGAAACUCUCUUCAAGCGCAUCGUGCGUGCUCACAAGGAAAAGAAACGCUUUCGGGUUUAUGUGAUAAUGCCUUUGUUGCCCGGAUUUGAGGGUGAUGUCGGUGGCAGUACGGGUAAUGCGGUCAGAGCCAUUACGCAUUGGAACUACGCCUCCAUAUCAAGAGGUCGCACAGCAAUAUUGACACGCCUUCAGGAAGCGGGCAUUACGAAGCCCGAGAACUAUAUAUCAUUUCACAGUCUGCGCAAUCAUUCGUAUCUGAAUAAUACGCCAAUUACCGAACUGAUCUACGUCCAUUCCAAGUUGUUAAUUGCUGAUGAUCGGGUCGUUAUCUGCGGUUCGGCAAAUAUCAACGAUCGUUCCAUGAUCGGCAAACGGGACUCGGAAAUUGCGGCGAUCAUAAUGGAUGAGGAGUUCGAGGAUGGACUGAUGAAUGGUAAAAAGAAUCCAAGUGGAAUAUUUGCGGGUAGAUUGCGAAAAUAUCUAUUCAAGGAGCAUUUGGGAUUACUGGAUUCAGAGAGAUCGCCACGCACGGAUUUGGCCAUAAGUGAUCCGGUUUGUAAUCAAUUCUGGCAUAAUACAUGGCGUCGCAUCUCGACUAAAAAUACAGAGAUCUACGAUGAGGUGUUCAAGUGUAUUCCCACGGACUUUGUGAAAACAUUCGCCAGUCUGAAGAAAUAUCAGGAGGAACCUCCUCUAUCAAAAACCGAACCCGAAUUGGCCGCCAAGCGUGCCACGGAAAUUCAGGGACAUCUGGUAAAUUUACCGCUGGAAUUCCUCAACAAGGAAGUUCUUACGCCACCCGGUACCAGCAAGGAAGGUCUUAUACCUACCUCUGUAUGGACAUAGUCUGCCAAAGUCUUUAAGACGCCACCAUAGCUUAAGCCUUAAGGAGAUCCAUCAGUUUCUCUAGAUUUGAAACUGGGAUUAGAAAAUAUGCUACUAUAAUAUUAUUACUAUUUUUCAAAAUGCAACCCACCAAAUGCGCUUAAACUUAUUUCAAGUUGCUGUUGCCAAGUCAGAAAAAAAUUAAUUAAUUGUAAAUAUACCAACAUAAAUAGUAAUAUUUAAUAUACAUAUAUAAUGAAAACAAACAACUUUUUGCCUUAUAGCUAGUUUAUUUAUUAUUAUAGAAUGUCGACGUCCCCUAUAAACACUAAGAUUUUAUUGUUACUUGUAUGAUGUUAAAACAGUAUUCUAGACAAACUAAAGCGCAAUUCUUGUUUUUAAUAAAAGUAAAAGAAAAAGUGAUGCAAAAUUAAGUCAAACUUA